UCUAAACCCCUAACCCCACGAAAAUAUCUAUCCUUUCUAGGGCUCCGCCAAUGCUGGCCGCUACGAGUGGCGAGGAGCCCGGGCUCCUCGCGACCAAGAGCUGGAUGCUACAUUCUGGAGUGCUUGAUAGGAGCUGGAGGAUUUCUCCUCCUCCUCGAAGGCUCUCCUGUCGCUGCUAUUUCAAUCCCAACGCUACCAGGAAUGUGGCAUUCCAAUCGCGAGAUUCACAACAAAGCCGAUAUGGUAUUCUAGAAGGAGCCGGGCACAGCAAAGACGACGCGGUCCAGCGAACAAUGCGAAAGUUUUACGAGGGAAGGAAUGGACCGCCUCUUCGCAUUCUUCCGAUUGGAGGCCUCGGAGAGAUUGGAAUGAACUGCAUGCUCGUCGGGCACUAUGAUCGCUAUAUCAUGAUCGAUGCUGGACUUAUGUUUCCCGAUUAUGAGGAUUUCGGGGUGGUGAAAGUUCUUCCCGACACGACGUUCAUUUCUCGCUGGAAGCACAAGAUUGAAGCUGUGAUUAUUACGCAUGGGCACGAGGAUCACAUCGGUGCAUUGCCUUGGGUUAUUCCCGCUCUUGAUCCUCAGACACGCAUUUACUCUACAAGUUUCACACUCGAGCUUAUCAAAAGGAGAUUGAAAGACUACAACUUCCCAUUUGAGCAUCGAUGCCAUACAUUUACGAUGCGAAAUCCCUUUCAAGCGGGUCCUUUCAAGGCCGAAGCUAUUCGUGUGACUCACUCGAUACCGGAUUGUUGUGGCUUGAUACUUCGUUGUCAAGAUGGAACCAUCUUUCAUUCCGGAGACUGGAAGAUCGAUGAAAAUCCGCUUGAUGGUAAGAUAUUUGAUCGGAAUACACUUGAGGAACUAGGCAAGGAAGGAGUCACUCUGAUGAUGAGCGACUCUACGAACGUCUUGUCGCCAGGGCGGACAAUAAGCGAGACAGAUGUUCGAAAGUCGUUGAUGCAGUAUGUCACGGAGGCAAAAUCUCGGGUUAUAUCAACACAAUUUGCUUCCAACAUUCAUCGACUUGGGAGUAUGAAAGCUGCUGCAGAUGCUUCUGGACGUAAACUAGUUUUCAUUGGAACUGCCUUAAAAACGUAUAUUGAUGCAGCAUGGAAGGAUGGACAGGCACCAUUUGAUCCUUCGAUUCUGGUAAAAGCUGAAGAUAUGGGCGCGUAUUCACCAAAAGAUCUUCUUAUAGUCACGACAGGAUCUCAGGGCGAGACACGGUCGGCUCUAAAUCUUGCAUCAUUUGGAAGCAGCCGCAGUUUAAAGUUGUCCAAAGAUGACGUUAUCCUGUAUUCGGCAAAGAUGAUACCUGGCAAUGAAACGAGAGUGAUGAAGAUGCUGAACAGGAUAUCUGAAACUGGUCCGCAUAUCAUCACUGGAAAAGACAAGCUUCUACAUACUUCCGGACAUGCCUAUCGCGAUGAAUUGCAAGAACUGCUAAGACUCAUUCGGCCGCAGCAUUUUCUGCCGGUCCAUGGUGAGUAUACUUUCUUAAAAGAGCACGAGCAGCUUGGCAGGGCUUCCGGUAUUCAGCACACAAAAGUUAUAAGAAAUGGUGAGAUGCUCGGAGUCUCGCCUUUACGGAACAGACGGGUCCUCUCUAGUGGGUUUGCUGCCCUUGGAAAGGAGGAUUUACAGCUGAUGUAUAAUGAUGGGGAAAAAGCAUUUGGAACUGCAUCAGAUCUUCGCGUGGACGAAAGAAAACACAUAGCCUUCGAUGGAAUUAUAAUAGUAAGUAUUGAGGUGAUACGUGAUGCCCUUCUUGAAGACGAUGAUAAUUAUGCAUCUCGGCUAGAUGGUUCGGAAUAUGGACUACGCGCUCGUAUCAGGAUCACCACUCGGUGUCUUUGGCUGGAUCAGGGAAAACUUACGGAAGCACUUCACAGGGCAGCUAAUGCAGCCGUUGGAAGCUGCAAGCAAGAUGCUGAUCUUCAGACUGUGGAGCGAACAGUUGCCACAGUGCUCCGGAAGGUAGCACAAAAGUACAACAACAAAAGGCCAGAGGUCGUCGCUAUAGCUACAGAGAGAGCCGUUGCUCCAAAAGACAAGCUCAUCCAGAAGAGGCUGGUCGUGGAUGCUGCGGCUCAACUUAAGGUGCUGGUGAGGACAAAUGCUGUAAAUACCAGAGUCUACGAGAAAGAGAAGAGGCAGCAGCAGCACGCGGAAAAGGACAACGAGCGACGGCUGUCGGUGCUCACACCAGAAUUUAACAAGUUCAUGGAGAAAAUUGAUAAAACUGAAGACGCCGAACCCGUCAUCAAACUUCCGAAGGUGGAGGAAACAGAAACAGAAGAAGAACGAGUGAGAAAGGCAAUCGCUGAGAAGGUGUUGAGAGAAAUGAAAAACGCGAGGACCCAAAAGGCGGCUAGGAUAGAAGAAGAGAAGAAGCUACAGCUCGUAGUAACAGUUGACGAUGCUGAUAAAACACCAGCACCAGCACCAGCACCAGCCACCAAAGUGGAAGAAAGAAAACAAGAGAAGAACGAAGUACUUUCCAUAGCCGAGAAGGAAGCAGACUUGGCAGCCGCAGGGAAAAGCAGAUGGAAACCGGAGGCCACCCAGGUGUUGAUCCGGCUACGAACAGGCAUGGACGACAAAUUCAGAGAAGCUAAACUCAAGACCCCUCUCUGGAAGGAGAUAGCAUCCAAGCUUGCUGAGCAUGGCUACGAGCACACCCACGGCCAAUGCAAGGCAAUGUGGUCGACUCUGGUGAAACGCUACAGGAACAUAAUCGAGGAUGAUGGAAGCUCCAACAAAAACUGGCCAUUCUUCGAUGGAAUGCACGCGUAUCUGAGCGAUGAUCCAGACUCGUAAAUUACAAAGCUUGAGGUGAAUGGAUGUGUCGCUCAAAUAUUUACAUAUUUAUCUAUAUAUAAGAAGUAGAGGCUCGCAGCCAUCCGAUCGCAAGCCCGCAUCAUGGUCAUGGAUGCUAAAUGGGAGAUUGGUGGUACAGGAACUAUUGAUAUCAAAAUCAUACUGUUUUCAUUGCAA